AUACGAUUAUAACGCAUAACGAGCUAUACUUCAACAACAAUUUCAAGAUAACUUAAACGAACCAAACGAACUCGUAAUUUUUUCUAUUUGUUGCACCAACGGUUUUAUAAAGCAAUUGUUUUCACUGCUCAGCAGCACUGCUCACACGACGGCGGUGAUUAUUCCACAGAAUUUAAGAAGAACGGAGAUAGAAAACGAAUAUUGACUUAAGAUGUACUUUGCAUAUGCGCAUAUAUUUAUUAUCACCUUGUCAAUUUUAUUGAGAACAACGAUUUCAAGCGACCUUCAAGGUCAUCAAGAUUUUAGGCCAACGAUGCAUGUACCUACAAAAACUCCAGUCGACAACAAUUUUGAAUUUUUACUAGAAAGAGCAAGUAGUCAAAUUAGGAGUUUGCAUGGUGGAAGAUAUUACAAACCAUCUACAUCAGACUUGUUUCAAGGAUCAUUUUUGUUCGCCGACACUGUAAAACCAUUGAAACAGCUGAAAAACUUUGGCUUAUACAACGGAUAUGCAGAUCUUUAUUGUGUUCAGAAUGAUAACUAUUUAAUGUCAGUUUUUUUCCAACUUCUUCCACAAGAAGGACUUCAGGGCGAACCAACAACCGGCUGGUUUGCAGCUCGAACCAUUAUGGAAGCUUAUGGAAUUGUUCCAGUUUGUGGUACGCACUGUGUCGCGGGAACAAAGCCAUCAGUACUACCAGGAAAUUAUACCAUGCCGACUUCAAAAUCAUUCUUUAGUGUUGGAUGUGCGGACGUUGUUCUUGCAUCGUGCAGAGAUGUUUGCCCAGAUGAUAUUUAUACGUUGGAUAACGGAAUAGUGUCAUGUGUAUUGGACACUCAAGUUGGCAGCAAAUGCACAGCAAAGUGUAAUAAAGGCUACGUUUCUGUUGGACCUGACUCGCGAUCAUGCAAUAGGUCAAAGAAGUGGGUUUCAAAGGAACCAUUCAAAUGUUUAGUUGAAAACGUCGGAAAUGCCGUGAAAAGCUUGAUGGAGGAUGAUAAUCUUACCGUCGAUGAAGCUAUGGCAGAACUUCGCAAAAGGCUCGAACGACAUGUAAGCAAGAAUCGAGCGUCUCCAUCGACAAGAAGACAUGAAUCUACAGUUUCAGAUGAAGAAAAGGCAGAUGAAGAGAUUGUAAAACUUAUGGAGGAAAUGCUCAUAAGUCUAUCUGAAUCUGUGCCUAUUACGCUAAAGUAUAUCAGCUUUUCCGAAUGUUCUGUCAACCACAAAGAACGAGUGGAUUGUGGAUAUGGAGGCAUCCCACCAAAUGAAUGCAAGAGUCGAGGUUGUUGUUGGGAUGCAUCGGUCCCAAACACAAAAUGGUGUUUUCGCAAGAAGAAUCGUCGACCAACUCCCAUGAAUUAUACAACAAAGUCGACUACCAAAUAUCCGGUCACCACAUUAGAACGUUUGAAUACUCGCGGAAUGCGACCUGCUCCAACAUUUGAAGAAGUAAUACCCACUCCAGGAUUUCCUGCUCACGAUUACGUCAAUCCGUUCCGAUUUCCGUCUAUUGACAUACUGACUCUUGGCAAACCGGAUUCAGAGGAAGAAUGCGGAUGUGUAAAUCGUCAGGUAGCCAGAUGUGGGCUUAUGCCUCUUGCACGUAUAUAUUGCGGACAAACUACGUUCGCAGAAACGUGGCCAUGGCAUGCCGUUGUUUAUCAUGGCGAGCGCCUUUGUGGGGGGACAAUCAUUUCCAAGCAGUGGAUUCUAACAGCUGCACAUUGCCUCACUUUGAUCGACGGUGUGACUGACAGUGAUCCAUCAAAUAUCGUGUAUCUUGGUUUGUCUCGCCGUGACCAAUCCAACCCAACAACAAGAAAAAUGAAAAGAGUUGUUCGUCACCCACUUUUUCACUCCCGCGGAGAUAACUUUAUUCAAAACGACAUUGCAUUGAUUCAAUUGAAAGAGCCUCUCGAAUACAGCGAUAGCAUCCGCAAACUCUGCCUUCCGGGGAAGAACAAACUGCUAACUGCUAAAAAUUGUCACAUAACAGGAUUUGGAAAAAAAACUCCGGAAGGUGAACCAUCUGUGACCUUGCAAACAGCAGAACUUCCGAUCAUUUCAACCGAAGAAUGCGCGUUGACUUAUGGCGAUCGAGUAAAUCCAAUACAAAAUAUUUGCGCUGGAAGUUCUGAGAAAGAUUCUACCGAUACUUGCAAGGGAGAUUCUGGCGGCCCACUUGCGUGUCAAGCAGAAGAGGGUAACGGUUGUUCCUGGUAUCUGGCUGGUGUCACAUCAUUCGGAAAAGAACCAUGUGGAGGGGGGUGGCCUGGAGUUUACGUGAAUGUCUCUCAUUAUGAAGACUGGAUAUUAAGUUAUAUACGACCAUUUUGGGGGUGAUUUCACUCUACCUGCUAGGAGAAACGUCCACAAAUUAGCACUUUUGUGUCAUGAUUGGGGUGUUGAUCUUACACAGAAAGAAUGGACAUGCUUCAUGUACGCUGCACCACGCGAUUCUAAUUUAAUAUUUUCAAUAUUUAAACGUAAAUUUUGCGUAGGAUUCUCGAGUUACGUUCAUUACACCAACUACAGAUUAUCAAACAGCUUCAGCUUCAUCAAGUCAGUCAGCUUCAUCAAGUUCGAACUUAAACAACAACUGUAUAAAAUCAUUCCAAAUAUUCUUUCGAAGCUUUCAAGCUUUUGAUGUCUUUUAUUACUUACUUUCCAUAGCUUCCAAUACACUGUUUUGUGUCUUUUUUACAAUAUUUUAUGCUAUUUAUUAUUAUUCGCUAAAAUUGUGGUUUAAUAUUUGUUCUUCAAAUUCUUAUUUUUAUACACUUAUAACUCUGCGCUUUGGUGGGUAUAUUCUCGCAUGAGGAAAAGAAGCAAUAAUAUGAAUUGGUGGUUUAUCAUCAUCUACACCCAAUAUCACAAACGACUUGUGAAAGUGACUCUUUUACAGCAUCAUCAUUAAAAACGAGACUAAGCAUUUAAACAUGCUCAAAAAUAUUCCAUUGGCGAUUCUUUCAUUUGUCUUUAGUUGGUAAAAUGAUACUAUGUAGGUUAUCGUUUAGUAAUAGUUGAUCGGAAUGCCUGAUCGCGUGUAAAUAUUGCUGACAAAAAGAAGCAUUCAGUAAUAUUCUGCUAAAUAAUAAUGAAGAAAUGUUACUUGUUAUCAUUUUGCAUAUUGUAUCUGCUGCUUUCACACUUUUUUGAGUCUGUAAUCUCAGAUAAAACAUCACGACGACUGAAUAUAUAUUAUUUAAUGCUAUUUAAUAAAUACUCCAACC